AUAAUUCAAACUGUCAAUCUGUUGGGGCGGGCUCUCAGUGACAGUUCGGUUUGAUCGACGAAAAAUGAUCCCUACCGAUCGCUGGUACCGUCGGCAACCGAUCGGUGGCUUGCUGACACUGAUGCUGCUGGGAACCGUCGUCAGCCAUGCCGUCCUACUCCUGGCUGCUGAUCAGAUUCUGAUCGAAGAUGACACGAUGCUGUACGAGGGUGAUGCGUGUGAGCUGAAGAAUGGUUCCGCUGGUAUCUGUCGACCGGCGAAUCAGUGUGACUGGGUGUUGGACCGACAGUGGCCUUUGGCAGAUCUGGUGACCUGCUCGUUCAACCAAUCGCUGCCGAUCGUCUGCUGUCCGGUGCGGAUUGGAUCACGGCUCAAGACCACACCGACGGCGAAACGCAUCAGCACGGUCCAGUGCGAACAGUUCCCGAACGGAACGGCGCUUGCCGACCACAUCUUCAACGGUGUUGCGGCACAGUUUGGCGAAUUCCCGUACAUGGCUGCGCUUGGGUACGGUGCACCGAACGGGUCGGAUGCUGGCUCGCCGUCACUGUUCCGGUGCGCUGCCAGUCUCAUCUCGCCCCGGUUCCUGCUAACCGCCGCUCACUGUCUCCGGGACAGUCCCGUGUUUGCUCGGCUCGGUGUAAUCGAGCUGCAGCCGGCACGCACAGUCGACGAACCGCUGGACAUUGCCAUCCGGAACGCAACACCCCAUCCCGACUAUCAUCCCGUCACGUACCAGAACGAUAUCGCUCUGCUCGAGCUGGCCGAACCACUUACCGGCGACUGGCCGUUCGUCGAUCCGAUCUGUCUGUAUGCGAACGCUAGCGGAGGUCCACCAGGUCCGGAGGAGACGCUAUCGGUGCAGGGCUGGGGUACGACACAGCCGGGCGAUACCGAACCGGCAACACAUCUGAUGAAAGCGACCGUCCGUAUCAUCGAGCGAGAAGUGUGCGAAGGAAAUAUACCGCGCACCAGGCGAAAUCCGACCGGUCUCCAUCCAGGGCAGUUGUGUGCGUUGGGACGAAACGAGCGGAACGAAACGAUCGCCGACACAUGCCCGGGAGACUCUGGUGGACCGCUCGAGUUAAAUGUGGACGGGCGCCAUUAUCUUGUCGGCAUUACGUCGAACGGGUACUCGUGCGGUUCUCCGAUCCCGGGUAUCUACACCGAGGUGGCACACUAUCUUGACUGGAUCGAAUCGAUUGUGUGGCCGAGCACGUAA